AUGAACCAGAGCAACAUGACGUUGUUUUAUCUGCCAGGAACAGCUAGUUUACUAGAAGAGUUGGAUAAAAAGUUGCUGGUGUUUCUUCGUGAUGGGCGUACUUUGAUAGGCUACCUCCGAAGCAUAGACCAGUUUGCUAACCUUGUUCUGCAUAAAACCAUAGAACGCAUUCAUGUUGGAAAGCAAUACGGAGACAUUCCACGCGGCAUCUUCAUAGUUCGAGGUGAAAAUGUGGUUUUAUUAGGCGAAAUUGACCAGGAGAAAGAGCGUCUCGUCAACCUCGAAGAAGUCAGUGUCGAAGAAAUUCUCGAAGUCCAAAGACUCGAGGCGGAGGCUAAACAAGAGCGUGAACGACAAAGAGCGAAAGCGUUCAAAGAAAGGGGCCUGCAUUACCACCUGGACACUGCACAUGACGACUACUAA